UUUAAUGCACACCGUGCUCACGUAUUGCGGGCCCGCAGUGUGUACUCGCCCGAAAUGAUGCCGGUUAGUCCUUUUCGCACACCAUUUAAUCACGCCGGCUGACGCUUAAUAACUCACAUCCUAUAAAUUAUGCAAAGACAACCUUCAAGGCCCCAGAACCCAGGGGCCGCAUCGUCACCCUCGCGUCGCUUGCCCGGCACUUUACCCACGACAGCAGCACUGGUGGUGUUUGGCCUCCUGCUCGUCGUGCCGCACGGCCCCAGCCAAGCACUUGGGGAGCCACCCGAGUCAGGCGUGUUAUACGGACAGUAUGAGCAUAGUGCAGGGGGGGAAGCACCCGCUUCCUUGGGCAUGUAUGCAGUUUCGGAAAUCAAACUGGGCAUCCACCUCGGCAACACACACAGCCGUGUUGCCGUGCGCCGCGGCGCCGCCCACCCAGUGGAGCUCCUGACUGACCUGCCAGAUGAUAGCAGCGCAUCCUUCGGCGGCACACAUGAGAAGCUGCUGGGCAGUAUGCAGCUGGGCAGCGGCUGGCUCAUUCCGUCGUGCGUUGCCUUUCCUGCGGCAGCCGCGGAGGCAGCCGCGGAGGCACACGUGGGCGAGGGAACAGGCAGUCAUCAGCCGGAGGCGCUUCCGGAGGAGCGCCGGCAAAACAAGCUAGAGCCUGCAGGAGAGCAGCUAAAAGCAUCGGUGGCUGCAGACACAGAUGCAAACAUCGGUGGCUUGCGCAGCGGCGCUGCGGCCGUGGCAGGGCGGGCAGAGCAGCAGGCGGAGGAGGAUGAAGAAACUCGGGAGGCAAGGGAGGCGCGAGAGGCGGCCCUGGCCUCAGGCUUCGGUGGCACGGCGGCGUGGCGCUACGCCACGGUCGCACCGGGGCGGGUGGUGUGCGACGUCAUGACGCUAGUCAACGCACGCAGCUACGACAGUCCGGAGGUGGAGCGCCUGCGUGCCGUCGCGCCGUACGCCAUUGAGGAGUGCGGCUCGAGCAGCGGCGGCGGCGGCGGUGGUGGCGGCGGCGGCGGUGGCGGCACUGGUGAGGAGGACGGCGGCGGCGGCGGCACUAGCGUGCCGUGUGUGGUCAUGCAGCUGGGAGGCCGGCGGCGGCAGCUGCGGCCGGUGGUGCUGCUGACGCUGCUGCUGCGGCACCUGCGGGCAGUGGCGGCGGCGAGGCUGGGCCUGGCGCCGCCGGCGCCGCUGCCGGCUGCGGUGCGGGCGGUGGUGGCGGUGCCGCUGCCGCGGUGUAGUGUGCAGUCCACUCUGAUCCGCACGGCGGGGGAGGCGGCAGGGAUCCAGGUGGUCCGGGUGGUGGACGAGGCGGCAGCCGCCGUCACCACCUACGGCAUGGAUGACGCAGCCGCCGCAGCAGCAGCUGCAGCUGCUGCUGCUACUGCCUCCGGCAGCAGCGCAGCUGCAGCAGCUUCCUCCCGCCACGUGCUGCUGCUGCACCUUGGCGGCGGCAGCUACCGUGUGGGGCUGAUGGAGCUGGACAGCCCAGGAGCCCACUGGCCGGUACGGCAGGAGCUAGUGCUGCCGUACUCGUACGACGAGGCGCCGCCCGAGGGGCCCAAGUACACGGAUCCGGGCUUUGGAUCCAGGGUGCUUGAGGAGCGGGUGGCGUGUGAGGUGCUGGCGGCGGCGGCGCGGUGGAAGCGGAAGCGGCGAGGAGUGGACGUGGCGGGGAGUGGCGGCGGCGGGGAGCGGGAGAGGGGGCAGGGGCGGGAGCAGCUGCUGUGGCUGAGGCGGGCGGCGUGGUGGCAGCUUGAGGAGCUGGCCAGCCUGCCGCAGCAACAGGCUGUUACGGUGAACGUGCCGGAUACAGGCGCGGCACCGGCAGAGUGUAGCUGUGGGAGUAGCAGCACCAGAAGCAGCAGCGCCCAUAAUGGCGAUGAUGAUGACAGCAGCUGCACGGGCGACCUCGGCCGUCAGCAGGAGGACAUCCCCUUGGAAUGCACUCCGGGCGCGCCUCCUCCUCCGCCUCCUCCUGCUCCUCCUCCUCCUCCUCCUCCUCCGCCUGCUCCUCCUCCUGCUCCUCCUCCUGCUCCUCCUCCUCCUCCUCCUCCUCCUCCUCCUCCUCCGCCUGCUCCUCCUCCGCCUCCUGCUCUGGACUGGCAGUUGGACUUCACGCACUGGGGCCAGGACCGCCUCAUACGACUGGCGUACGACAUCUACAACGCCAGCGGGCUGGUGCAGGAGUUCAACAUCCCGGCCGUGGUGCUUUUGUCCUUCAUCGGGGCCGCAGCGGCCACGUACGACAGCGACACAUCACGUGUGCCGUACCACAACUUCAACCACGCCGUACACGUGCUGCAGGCCGCCUUCCUGAUGGCUGACGACCCGCUGCGGCGGCUGCCGACGUCGGCGACGGCGGAGUGGGUGGAGAGAAACGUCUGGUGGCAGGUCAGUCGGGGGGCCGGGGCGCGGCGGGUUCUCCAACGCGCCGAGGACCGCCUGGCGCUGCUGCUGGCGGCGCUGGGGCACGACGCCGGACACGACGGCCGCUCCAACGCCUUCCACAUCAAUGCCGGCAGCGACUUGGCAAGGCGCUACCCCAACACCACCGCUGUGGGCGAGAGCCACCACGCCGCCCUCACCCUGGCCCUGCUGGACCGACCCGGCUGCGACGUCCUCGCCAGCCUGCCGCAGCCGCAGCAGCGCGAGGCGGCGCGCGCCGCCAUCCGCGCCGCCAUCUUGGGCACUGACAUGGGCCGUCACAACCACCUGGUGGCGGAGCUGACACAGCAUGGCCCAGAGUGGGAUGUCGCCAACGAGGCCGACCGCCUACUGAUGAUGCAGGCCAUCCUGCACGCUGCCGACCUCUCCAACGCGGUGCGCCCCUUCGCCGUCAACGACGUCAUGAGCGCCCGGGUGCAUGGCGAGUUCCGGCAGCAGGCGGCGGAGGAGGCGGCGCGCGGCCUGCCGCCCAGCCUGCCCGCCGCCUUCGCGCCGGGCGCUGCCGCAGCCAGCACGGUGCCUGGCGAGGUGGAGCUUGGGUUUCUGACGCACGUGGUGACUCCGCUGUGGUCGGCGCUGACCGCGCUGCUGCCGGAGCUGGCGCCGCAGCUGCAGGUGCUGCGGUGGAACAGCGAGCGCUACCGGGACCUGGUGGCGGCAGGGGCGACCACGGCCAGCGGCGGCGGCAGCAGCAGCACCGCUGCUGCCGAGGACACCGGGACGGGGGCCGGUGCUGGUGCCGGCGGGCCCGAUGCAGAGGCUAAUGGUGCCGCUGCGGGCCACGUGGAAAGCGCUGGGGCGGUUAGCAUCACUCGCCACCGGCUGCAGGAGCUGAGUGCGGAGCUGCUGCCGCGGCUGCUGCUGCCGAUCCAGAGGGCGCUGGAGGACUCGGGUAUGGACCACAGCGAAAUCACCGACGUUGUCCUCCUUGGUGGCGGCUGGCGCGUCUUUCCUGGGGCGCGUGAGGUGGUGCAGACGUACUUGGGCGGGCGCGAGCUGCUUGACGCGCCCCGUGCCGCCUUGGUGGUUGUGGGCCGUGCGGGCACCGGCGCUGGCAACGGCAGUAGCGGGAAUGGCAGCAUCCAUGCCAUGCGACUCAGCGCUGAGGCGCAGGAGGCGCAGGGGGUGCAGGAGGCGCAGCAGCCCACGACGGCCGUUCCGCCGGAGCUGGUGGUUGUUUAUGGCGCUGCCACCAUUGCCAGUCGGUUCGCCGCAGGCGCGGAUGCCGGGUACAACUGCUCCCAGGUGGACUGUUACGGAGAGCGGGAGCUCAUCAUCGACAACAUCUGUCCCCUGGGCCUGGGCGUGAGGGUUGCGGGCGGGCUGAACACCGUGAUUGUGCCCCGCUGGGUGCGGGUGCCCACCCGCUAUCACCGGGUGUUCACCACGUGCGCCGACGACCAGCGGGAUGUGGUCAUAGAGGUGAUCCAGGGCACGCGGGCUCUGGCAAGUGACAACCGGCCGCCGGUGGCGCGACUGCUGGUGGAGGGCCUGCCGCCCGCUCCCGCAGGCAGUCUACGGCUGUGGGUGGAGCUAGACGUGGACCAGUGGAACAGCUUCAACAUCAGCGUCAAGCUGCUGAGGACCGCGGUUCUCCAUGAGCUACUACUGCAGCAAGGCUCUGCCGCCGCGCUGGAUGACGGCGGCCCGCCGCCCGUAGUCGGCCCGGCCACGCUGUCCGGCGCCACCUUCCGGGAGUGGCGGCUGGCCGUCAACGCGAGCGACCCACAGGCGCCCGCGUACCUGAGUGAUGAGGAGCUGAAGGCUGUGGCGGAGACGCUGGGAGACGGAGAGCUCCGGCGCCAAGACGCGGAGCUCCGGGAAAACAUCACGGCACGCGUGCGGGCAGUGCUGGCGGCGCAAAGGGGCCCCGCGGUGCGCAGCUCGUGGCGCCUGCUGGAGGCCCGCUGCCGGGACGCGCGGCGGAGCGGCGGGCGGGGUCUGAUGGAGGUCCCCGGGGAGCUCGGGAGAGGCACCUCGGGUGUGGGUGUAGGCGGCGGGGCCGCUGCAGCACGUGGGCUGGCGGACCCGCAGGGCGAGUACGGCGUGGCGUGGCAGUACGGCGAUGGAGAUCCUUGCGUCUUCGGGCUGGGCCCCUCCGUCAUGGACUUGUGCGAGCUGCAGCCGGAGGACGAGGCAGAGGAGGCGGGGAGCUCACAGCAGGAGGCCCAACCCGCAAAGCAUGAUGAUGCGGGCAGCAAGUAUCGCGAUGAGCUGUAGGGUUCGGCACUCGGCACAACUUCAUGAGAUGCACGGCGGCCGCGGACCCGCUGCGCACGCCGCUGCGGCGAAACGCGCGGGGGAAGGCCCGGGGCCGCACUGCGGGCCCUCAUGCAUGGCGAACCGUAGGCAGCAGGGUCGCUGACAUGGGUCCG